AUGGCUGGAUUUUUUAGUCGCUUAACUGCGUCUGCGUCUACGCCUCUUCAACAGGCGAUAGAAAAAGUAACGGAUCCAUCGAACCUAAAUGAGGAUUGGGACUUGAUUAUGCAAAUAUGCGAUAAUGUUGUUGAAAAUGAAGACAAUGCAAAAGAGGCAAUAAAAGUAAUUCGAAAACGUUUACAAGCAGGAACAGCAGGUGGUUGGAGAGGAAUUUUAUUGACACUCACACUACUUGAAGCAUUAUCAAAAAACUGUGGUAAGAUAUUUCAUCUACAAAUCGCCAGUAAAGAUUUUCUAAAAGAAUUAAAAAAUGUUAUCGGACCAAAAAACAAUCCACCUGUUAUCGUUCAAGAAAAAGUUCUUGGCAUGGUUCAGACAUGGGCAAUAGCAAUGCGUAAUGAUCCAGAUUUGAAAGUUGUUGAUCUAUUUUAUCUUGAAUGUAAACAACAAGGUCUUGAAUUUCCUAUGGCGGAAAAUGAAAGCACAGCAAAAGCAGUCAUUCCUGCAACGAAUCGAAGCGGGUCUGAUGGACAACCGUUUAUUUCUACUUCUCCUCAUCAACAACAAUCUGCUUCUGACCGUAAUACUGGCAUUGGAAAUAUCCGAUCAUUAACAGCUGAACAAGUAGCUAAACUACGUAGUGAACUUGAUGUUGUAGAAACAAAUGUUCAAGUGUUUGGCGAAAUGCUUGUAACAUUAAUACCAGGUGAAGAACACAUAAAAGACUACCAAUUAUUAACAGUAAGUAGCAUUUCAAUUUUGUAUAAUUUUUGCAUCAUUGCAUUUUAUUUGAAGGAUCUUUACAAAACAUGUACACAAAUGCAAGCAAGGAUUAUUGAUUUACUUAGUCAAAUAGCAAUUGAUGAAAUAACAGUUGAUCUUCUUCGAUAUAAUGAUGAACUCAAUAAUGCAUUCAGGAACUAUGCAAGUUAUAUGGAACGGCGUGAAAAAGUAGUUGAUCCUGAGUCACAUUCACAGCAACAGAUCAAUGUUCCGCCGUCACAGACAACAUCUUCGCCGAAUCGUUAUCCACAAACACAGCAACGUCAAAUACCUGUAAAGAAAUUAUCAACCACAAGUGUUAGUGAUGAUCAGCCUGCAUUGAUCAAAUUCGACGAUGAACCAGUAUCUCCUAGUGCACAGCAUUCCUCACCUCAAUUCGCAACAGGAUUUCAAAAUAUGCGUCUUAAUCAAUCGCCAGAUGCUGUACCAAAACCUUCAAAUUCAACUGCUUCCCAUUCGUCUGCACGUCAGAAUAAUCCUAUCGAAAGUGCAGAAACACAGGAACCUGAGCGAGAUAUAAAAGAAAUAGAAGUUUGGCUCAACAAACAAGAUGAUAAAGUAACGAGUAGUGAAGAAAAACCAAUCGCAUCAGGACCAACGCCAGAAUUUAAUAAUUUUGUUCAUAAACGGGCAUCAUCUAUUCCGGAAAAUACAGAGGACGUUGUUCACAACACAUCAACUAGCCCAAAAAAGACAGUUAUAUUAAACGAAGCGAAUAAUAAUACCACAGUCUAA